AUGGAAGGCUCCGCGAAGGAUUGGGACCCCGCCAGCGCGCUGCGCAGCUAUGCGGCCGCCGCGGCGCAGCACCCGAGGCUCUACACACUCACCCUGAGCCACCAGCUCCGUCAGCAGUACGCCAGCGCGGCCGAGGCCGCCGCCGCUGCUGAUGAGCACGCGGCCGCAGCUCUCGACCAGCACCAGGCGGCCACUCGCUCCUUCUGGGACGAGAUCCUUUAG